GCCUAAUAGUCACAUUAUUAUCCUUUCCACUCUGAAACACAAGGACCAAUGUUUUCUAUUUAAUUUUUAAUUAUUUAUUCAGCCUACCGACACUGAAAACCAAAGAAAAGAAAGCACCUUUUUCCGCCAUUAAUUCACUCACACACUUGAGACUCAUCAAUGGCAGAAGAAGCUUCCAGUUGACACUCACCAUUUCCAAAGUUUGCUCCUUUCUGUACCCCCUCUUCUUGUUUUUCAUUUUUCUUUUCUGGGUUCUCUUCUUCUUGUCCUGUGUGUUUAGUUCAUAGCUCCACAUUUUGCAUCAACCAGUCAAGGAAGGAAAUUAGACAAUCAAUCAUAUAUAUAUUCCCCUUGUAAUCUUCUGGUUUCCACUCAACAAUUUAACCAUGAGCAAUUAUUAGUUGAUUUGGAUUAGUUGUGUUGAACUUGGAUGCUGCAGCUUAUACAGUUGCUCAACUAAUGAGAUUCCACCUUGCGUUGUUUCUUUUGUUGGCUUCUGUUCAAGCCAAUUUAAGUCAAGAAAUUGAACAUGGUUCGCUUCUAGUGGAUGGAGCUCAAAUAAAGGCUGAAACAGGUGAUAACUUUAUUUGUGCCACCAUUGAUUGGUGGCCUCAUGACAAGUGUGACUACAACCAUUGCCCCUGGGGAUAUUCAUCUGUUGUAAAUUUGGACUUGUCUCGUCCUUUCCUUGCCAAGGCCAUCCAAGCACUCAAGCCAUUGAGGAUACGACUUGGAGGUUCUUUGCAAGACCAGGUUAUAUAUGAUGUAGGAAGUUUGCAGUCUCCCUGUCAUCCCUUGCAAAAGAUUGAAGGUGGAUUGUUUGGAUUUUCAAAGGGAUGUUUACACAUGACAAGAUGGGAUGAGCUGAAUCAGUUUUUCAAUGAGACAGGGGCCAUUGUGACAUUUGGCUUGAAUGCACUCCAUGGGAAGCACCAGAUUAGUCAUAAUGUUUGGGAAGGAACCUGGGACCCCACAAAUGCUUAUGAUUUUAUAAAAUACACUGUUUCAAAAGGAUACAAGAUUGAUUCAUGGGAACUUGGGAAUGAGUUGAGUGGUAAGGGCAUUGGUGCAAGUGUUGGGGUUGCACAGUAUGGGAAAGAUUUGAUAAAGCUUAAGCAAAUUCUAGGAACAUUGUACGAGAACGCCAAGUUCAAGCCUUCACUUGUGGCACCUGGAGGAUUUUAUGAAAGACAGUGGUAUGACAAGCUUCUACAGGUUUCUGGUUCAGGCAUAAUCAAUGUUCUGACUCAUCAUUUAUACAAUCUGGGCCCAGGUAGUGACGAGCAUCUUGAAAGGAAGAUUCUAGAUCCUGAACGCUUAAGCAGAGUGAAAUCAAUUUUUGGCAAUCUUUCUGAAACCAUUCAAACAUAUGGUCCUUGGGCUUCUGCAUGGGUAGGAGAAGCUGGUGGGGCAUACAACAGUGGUGGCAAUCAUGUAUCUAAUACUUUUCUUAACAGCUUUUGGUACUUAGAUCAACUUGGAAUAGCAUCCAGCUACAACACUAAAGUCUAUUGUAGGCAGACCCUAAUUGGAGGGAACUAUGGACUUCUUAAUACCACCACCCUCACUCCCAAUCCUGACUACUACAGUGCACUUUUGUGGCAUCGAUUAAUGGGAAAGAAGGUUCUUGCAGUUUCAAGUGAUGUUUCUUCUCCCUUUUUACGCGCAUAUGCCCAUUGUUCAAAAGACAGGGUUGGUGUGACAUUACUUCUAAUCAACUUAAGUAAUGAGACACGUUUUACUCUCACUAUUCGAAACCCUGCGAGUGCAAGUAUUGAAAAUGAAGUAGCCAAAAACAUCCAUAAGGAAAACUCAUUCUUUGAUAAACUGAAGAAGACAUUUUCUUGGGUAGGAACAAAAGGGUCAGAGGUCACAUUUAGGGAAGAGUACCACUUAACUCCAAAAGAUGGUUAUCUCAAAAGCCAAACCAUGGUUCUUAAUGGUAUUCCACUGGAGUUAACAGAUGAAGGAGAUCUUCCAAGGUUGGAUCCAGUGAGUAGUAAUGUGAGAUCUCCAAUAUACAUUACUCCUUUGUCCAUUGCAUUUAUUGUAUACCCCAACUUUGAUGCUCCAGCAUGUGCUACACAGAGAAAGCAUUAGUUGAACAUUUCUAUAGCAAAUAACUUGGCACUGGGACUAAUGAAAUUGCAAGCUCAUGGUAAUUGUAAGUACUGAGCUAUUAUUGGAUUCACAUGAAAGUUAACACCUUGCAAUAAUUUAGAUUUGAAUGAACAUGCAAGUUGUAUCAUCUAGUUGUAAGUAAACUGUUUGAUAAAAUUUAGUUUGAAGUCCAAUGAUGAUGAAGUGAUUUUGUUUCACUCUUAGUUAGGAAAUUCCAUUUAUGUCCAUUGGAAGAUAUCAACAUGGUUGACUAAUAAUUGUCUUAUUAGUGUGGUUAAGAGUUUGUAA